UGUUAACUCUCUCUCUCUCUCCCUCUCUCCCUUUAAAUUUCGGUAUUAUUCAAAGCGAGGGUACUUUCUCUCUCUUGUUAUACAGCCGCAGGAUUUUGAAGAGGAGCUGAAUCUGUUUUUGAGGCGGCCUGGUGGGCUUGUUCGGUUGAUCACCAAACUUUUCAUUUCUCCUUAUUUUUUGUAUCGGGGUGUUUUGUCAUUCCUAGUUUGGUGGAGCCUGUAGAGAGAAAUGGCAAAUCGUUCACAUGUACCGCAGUUUGGAAAUUGGGAGAGUGAGGAAAAUGUUCCUUACACAAUGUAUUUUGACAAGGCCCGGAAGGGUAGAACUGGGGGGAAGAUGAUCAAUCCGAAUGAUCCUCAAGAAAACCCAGACAUACUUUCUAGUUUCGAAGCUCCAGACCAGGCUCCUCCCAAAAUCACAGCCGAACCUGAGAAACAAAAGGGACAGGGAACAGUUAGAACCGAGCAACGGAGGAGCAGAGAAGAUAGUGAAUAUAAACCAUACAGGGACUCUCCUGCACGUCAUGAUGAUAUGAGUCACAAAUCUGCUGCUGAAUCGAAUUAUCAACUUCAAGGAGGGCGUGCAGUAAGUUCUGGUGAAACUAACAAAAGGCCUGUGAGAAAUAGUGCAGAGUCGGAGAACAGCUUCGACCGAUCACCACUGCAUAACCAGGCAAGGAACACGGGGAGAGGUACUGCAGAUCCAUCCUCUCCUGCAUGGGAAGGGAAAAAUCUGUAUAAAAAUAGCCAUGGUACACCUGGACGAUCCAGAAUGAGGCCAGCUGCUAGAGGCGACGAAAGUCCUGUUGCAGGUGCUGCAGUUCCGAAAUUUGGCGAUUGGAAUGAGAACGACCCGGCAUCAGCUGAUGGCUAUACUCACAUCUUUAACAGGGUGCGAGAGGAGAGGAAUAAUGGGCCGAGAGCUCCGGGCAUGGCAAGUCCCUCUCCAUACAACAAUGUUCACAGGCGAACUUCCAGUGACAGUGUCAAGAGCUGUUGCUUUCCUUGGGGCAAGAAAUGAAGUUAUUCAAAUGAAUUGGCGGGGAUAAUGAUGAUGAGAUUGAUGAGAACGAGACUCACUGCAAAGAGAGUAAAAAGAAAUGCCUUCUCUGUAAUGGUAAUGGUGUGAUUUAUGUCAUAAUAAACAUAGGCUUUUGAUGAGAAAUGUCUUCCUGUUGUUCUGUCCAUCUCGAUUAUCUUUUCCAUUUGUAAGUGUAGUUUGGUGGAGAGUAAGCAUAUGUAGAUUCUUUAAUUUUAUUUGAAUUUUUAAUGUACUGUGCUUUUUUUUUUUU